AUGAAACAAAAAGUGAAAAAUAAUGUUACAAUAUUAAAAGUUUCCUUACAAAUAACAAUUAUUCUAAAUUUAUCAGCCCCUGUGGCUCUUGCCGAAGAGGAAGCAAUGAAGAACCUAACAACCGUAACCUGGGCACACGCAGUUAACAAUAAGACGUAUCUAGAAGCUGCAUUAGCUAGUGAAUUGUCGAUGCUAGAAGCCGAUGUGGUCCUUGGUCAUAUUACCGGUAAAGACGGCCCCCCCAUUCCCAUAAUGGCGCACCCUCCAGCAACCACUUCAGAUCUCAGUUUGGGCGAUUUUCUUACCGGCGUGGCGCAAUAUAAUAAUGUCAAUGCGAAGCAAAAAGGCGUCAAGUUAGACUUCAAGAGUAUUGAGGCUUUUGAAAAGGCGCAGGAUAUUAUAGCACCUUUCAGUAAGCCCGAGGUGACGUUUCCGCUUUGGUUGAAUGCGGACAUUCUUCCUGGUCCGAUAAAAGCUACUACCAAGCCUGUAGACGCCGAAAAAUUCAUUCAGUUAGCUUCCAAACACCCACGGGCAGUUUUAUCUAUAGGUUGGACCACCAACUAUGGAGGAAACAUAACUGAAGGGGAAUACAGCAGGGAACAAAUAGGAUCUAUGCUCCGUUUAGUCAAUGAGCACAACGUCAAUCAAACUGUUACCUUCCCGGUAAGAGCUGGUCUCGCAUCAAACAGCCAGCCGGUAUUACUAGAUUUAGUUCGGGAGACCAGUUCCCUAAACUCCUCAAUCACGGUUUGGUCGAGUGAGGGUGAUAACGUGGAGGUAGACCGACUUCGAGCCCUCAUCCUCACUAUGGGCCUCGAGAAGACGUACCUGGAUGUACCCCACGAGCUCGCAGCCAAACUCCAUUUACCACCUCCCACUAAUACUAAGAAUUAA